AUGGUCUCCCACCCCACGGGCUUUGCGCCCGACCUCGAAAAGUACCUGAAAACUCUCAAGGGUCAACAAUUGGACGCCUCUGUCGAGAGCCUCAUCUCCCUCCUCAAGCGACGCCAGAUCAAGGGCUCCGAACCCUGCGCCGUAGCAACUGCCCACAUCCUCCUCCAGGUUGUUGCCCGCUCCAGAUGGCAUGACGUAGACGGCCUUAUCGACAACGUCUCCCGCAUCGGCCGCCGCCUUGUCGAGGCCCAACCCAAGGAGCUCGUCAUUGCCAACAUUGUGCGGAGAGUCUUGGGCCUUAUUCGCGAUGAAGCCGCCGAAGAUAGAAACGAGGGCGCCAGCGAGACACCCAGUGAAGCUCAGAUGACCCCAACCGAUACCGUCCACCCCGACCCAAAAUGGCCAACCUCGACGCCUACAAAGCACCAUGACAACGUCAGCGACCAAGUCUCCAACAGCCCAAAGCCACUGCAGAGUCGGCCAACGGGGCUAUCCUCAUACAGCUCCGUCAAUGUUCCCAAGACCCUUUUUCACCUCCUUUCGGUGUCAUCGCCCAACGACGGCGAGGGAAACCUCCUUGGAGCUCCCUUUGGCAAUUCGGGGACGUCGACACCCUCAUGGCGGGGACACUCUGCCCAGGUGCACUCCCUAAGAUCCGAGGUGAUUGACGGUAUUGAGGAGAUCAAGGAUGAGAUUAGCCAGGUGGAUGACCAGAUUGCGGCGUUGGCUGAGGUUCAGAUUCACCCUGGAGACUACGUUCUCAUCCACCAGCCGUCCCCCACCGUGGAGCGGUUCAUCCUCCGUGCCGCCCUGAAGCGACGGUUUACCGUCUUGAUAGCUACCGAGCCCCCUCGAAAACAGACGUCCGAAGUCCAGCAUGCCUCAUUUAGAAAGAAGCUCACGGCGGCUGGCAUCACAGUAAUCAACAUCAUGAACGGAGGGCUCAUGGCAUACAUGUCGCGGGUGGACAAGGUCAUCAUUGGUGCGCGGGCAGUUGUCGCCAAUGGAGGUGUCGUGGCGGAUGCCGGUGCAGCAGCCGUAGCCAGGGCGGCCAAGGAGCAGGGCAAUGCGGUCAUUGUGCUGAGUGGCGUGUACAAGCUGAGCCCCGAGAACCCAUUCAACGAAGAGUCUUUGAUCGAGUGGGGAGACUCGUCGAGUUUUGUCGGGUUUGAGGACGGUGCCAUGGUGAGCGGGGUGGAAAUCCGCAGCGCCAUCACCGAGAUGGUCCCCCCCGAGCUUAUUGACACAUACAUUACCAACCUGGGCACGCACUCAAGCGAUCAUCUGUCAAGCCUGAUUGCGGAUCACUACAAACAGGAAGACGUCGACUUUCACCUCUGGAAUGAGGGAGAGCGGUGA